AUGACACAGUUUCACUGUUUUGAAUAUAUUGAGAAUCAUGGGACACCCAUUAGUAACACCAUUAGUAACAUAAGAAGGAUCAGAAAACUUUCUCCGUUUGAGCAUAAUGCGAUUCUCGGUUCUGUUAAUGGUUUGAUAUGUCUUAGUGAUUUGAUAAAUAGGUUUUGUAUCUGUAACCCUAGGACUAGAGAGUAUAUUGUACUUCCUAAACGUACUGGAGAGUCCGGAUGGUAUUACAACUGGGUUGGAUUUGGUUACCUACCUUCAGCCGAUCAGUACAAAGUUGUAGUAGUGAAUGAGCUAAAGAAAGAACCCAAAUAUAUAGAGAUCAUGGUGUAUACUGUGGGCAGUGGCAACGGUUGGCGCAACAUUGGAAAAUUCAAUCGUAUAUUUAACUAUGUUAGUCCAGAACAUGGUAUCUUUGCGGACGGAGCUCUUCAUUGGAAGGAUCACGGAGAUAUAGUUUGGGUUUUCGAUUUGGCUGAUGAAAAAUUUUGUGCAAAAAAUAAUCACUCGAAGUAUCUUAAGAUUAAUAAUUACAACCCAAAAGCUUGUACCUGGAAAACACUGGUGGAUUUUAAGAGACAGUUUUGUCAAGUGUUCGCUCACAGCAUUACAUUAGUUUCAUUGAGAGGACUAGGAGAAGGUGCAAGAAUAUUUAAGAAGCGAAAACGCCGUGACUAG